AUGUACCCAUUGAUUGCCGUUGCCCUCGGCGUGGCGUUUGUUCUGCUACUGCUGGCUGUGAGAUGGCAGUGGCGGUCCUAUAAGGUCGAACCAGAAUGUCAAUCGUGCCAAGCUCAAGUGGUGCACCGGCUCUGCCCUCAUCACAACGUCGUGCAGGGGUUCCGGCUGGAGCAGAAGGACAGCCUCGAUGAGCACCUGGAUGUACUCACCAGAAAACUUGCUGACAAGGAAGGUCGCCUCCGCCUUUCCAAGUCCAAGAUCCGUGAGACGCAAAAUGAGAUCGACAAUCUCCACGCCAUCGACUACGACGUGCGCCUGAAGUACCGCGAGAUCAUGGAGUCGCUGAAGAAGGACUUGAUGUAUAACGAGAAGGAGUGCAAGAGGCUGCAGGAGCAAAUCGAAUGGGUGUCCCGGAGGCGGGCCGAGUUGAAAGAUGAGGUGCGACUCGGUCAGAGACUGUACGGGGAAGCGGCCGCGGAACUGGCCAGUAAUUUAUCUGAACUGCAGCGAGGUCGCGGCCAAGAUUACAAGAUAACAGAGAAGCCACACGUCCAGCGCUCAGUCACCGAGCUGCGUCACAGAAAGGAGCCGCAUCUACCGCGACCGAACCCGGCUGCGUCGUUGGUGAUAAAAACGUCACCACCGCAGACGUCUGAAGCGAUCGUCACGCAUUUCGACUCGUAA